AUGACGACUGCGAUCAAGACUGCUGUUAAAGAUCUCAAAGGUCGCCUUGACGAUAAAGUUUGCGUUGUGACUGGUGCUGGCAGUGGUAUAGGAUAUGAAUCUGCUGUCCUGUUCGCAUCCCAAGGAGCUAAGGUGGUAUGUGCAGAUAUUGACCUAGCCGCCGCGCAAAAAACUGUCGAACGAAUCAAAGAUGUGAUUGGACCGAUUCACUUGAGCAAACAUGCGACAGCCAUUAAAGUCGAUGUUUCUAAAGAGGAAGAAGUUAGGCAACUUGUUGAGAAUACUGUAAAAAGUUUCGGCAGACUCGAUGUUAUCUUUAAUAAUGCGGGGAUUAUGCACCCUCAUGAUGAGGGAGUCAAUACGGAUGAGAAAGUAUGGGAUCUCACUUUGAACAUAAACCUCAAAGGUGUCUGGUGGGGGUGUAAAUACGCUAUUGAACAGUUCAAGAAGCAAGACAAGGACAAGGCAAAGAAAUCUGGUGGUAGCAUCAUCAACACUGCCAGCUUUGUUGGACUCGUUGGUAGCGCUACGCCAUGUAUAGCGUAUACUGCAUCAAAGGGAGCUGUUUUAGCACUUACGCGCGAACUUGCAGUCACACAUGCGCGGGAUGGUAUACGAGUCAAUGCGCUAUGUCCCGGACCAUUGAACACGCCACUACUCCAGACCUUCCUUGAUACUGAAGAAAAGAAACAGCGUCGAUUAGUUCACGUACCAAUAGGAAGAUUUGGAGAGGCUAUCGAACAAGCAUACGCUGCAUUAUUCUUGGCAUCAGAUGAGAGCAGCUUUGUAACAGGUGUCGAUUUCAAAGUUGACGGUGGACUGACUGCUGCUUACGUGACUCCGGAAGGUCCGUCGGUUAUUACUCCUCGUAAACCUUUCUACAAAGCUGAGAAGGAGAAGAAGUGA